AUGGAGGUGUUCGACCCAUCUUUCAUCCAAGACCCCGAACACAGACCAAACGUUUGUACAAUCCAAGCUGAAGAAAUUCCUGUGAUAGAUCUCUCCCCAAUAACCAACCACACAGCUUCAGAUUCAUAUGCCCUUCAAGAUUUAGUAAAGGAGAUAGGGAGUGCAUGCAAGGAGUGGGGUUUCUUCCAAGUAAAAAACCAUGGGGUGCCAUUCCCUCUGAGACAAAACAUUGAGAAAGUCUCAAAAAUGUUCUUUGCGCAGACUUUGGAGGAGAAGAGAAAGGUUAGCAAAGAUGAGGACUCGCCCACUGGUUAUCAUGACACAGAGCACACCAAGAACAUUAGGGACUGGAAAGAAGUGUUUGAUUUUCUAGCCAAAGACCCCACUUUGGUUCCUCUCACUUCUGAUGAACACGAUGAUCGACUUACUCAAUGGACUAAUCCAUCACCUCAAUACCCUCCACACUUCAAGGAUAUAAUCGAAGAGUACGUUGAAGAGAUGGAAAAGCUGUCCUUUAAGUUGAUGGAGCUUAUAGCUUUGAGUUUAGGCCUUGAAGCAAAAAAGUUUGAAGAAUUUUUCAUGAAAGAUGAAACUAGCUCUAUUAGACUGAACCACUAUCCUCCAUGCCCUUAUCCUCACCUUGCUCUUGGCGUGGGUAGACACAAGGACCCCGGUGCCUUGACCAUUCUUGCACAAGAUGAGGUUGGAGGACUUGAAGUCAAACGUAGAGCAGAUGAAGAGUGGAUAACUGUUAAACCCAUUCCAGAUGCUUAUAUUAUCAACAUUGGUGAUGUUGUUCAGGUUUGGAGCAAUGAUGCAUAUGAGAGUGUGGAACACAGAGUGGUGGUCAACUCUAAGAGAGAAAGAUUUUCCAUUCCAUUCUUCUUCUUCCCUGCGCAUGACACUGAGGUCAAACCUUUGGAGGAGCUGAUAAAUGACCAAAACCCUUCCAAAUAUAUGCCAUACAAAUGGGGCAAGUUUAUUGUCCACAGAGGGAACACCAAUUUCAAGAAGCGAAAUGAGGAGAACAUUCAAAUUUAUCAUUACAAGAUAGCGUAA